AACCACUGAAGGAGAAGAAGCGUCUAAGCCACAGUAGGAAAACCUAGGCUCCCCGUAGCUUUUGUCCUACCCAAUUCGUAUCUUGUCUUUCCUUGUUGAGGCUUUAUUAGGUUAGGCAGUAACUAUGGCUAGCUCAGCCCGUAACCUGCAGGGCUUGAUGCGCCGCGCUUUGGCCGGGGCCGAGGGCAUCAGCAAGGCUGGCGCUGGGCGUGGCUUUGCCUCGGAGUCAAAGGCCUUCACGCCAGAUGGCCGAUAUACGCCUGGCAUCUACAGCAGGACGAAGCCUGUGGACAGGUCCUAUGAAUGGGUGGCGAAGAACCCUUACAUUGAAGCUUGGUACUACCGCCGAGACCAUUACGAGAAGGAGUUCGCUUGGACCCUCCGCCACACGUUCGAGGCGGUCUGGUUCCUUGGCGGCUUUUCCCUGGGCUUCUACCUCCUCUCGGAGUUCUGCUUCAGGCACGCUGACCGACGCAGUGGCUACCCGCGCCGGACCGUCCUUGGCGACGAGCCCGGCAUGGUGCUGCCAGACGAGCGCGAGUUCUACUAAAGGCGUCGUCUGUAUCCUGCCAUAGCGAGGCCCUCUUGUAUCAAAUUGCCUCGCGUGGGCGCACAAAUUUGCCUGUGGCCACUGCCAACGGCUCCUCUGCUUGACUCCCAGCUGAGCCCCUUCCCUUCCAUCAACUCCGUCUUGAAGAGGGAUUGCGCCAGCCUCGUCCAUGAGUAGACAAUGCUUGCACGUCUCAGGAGGGAUGCUAGAGGAAACGUUGUGAUGGAGGUGGGGAAAGCGGCGUAACCAACCGUCGUCCAUCUCUCAGUUCCUAAGGGGGACGGGGGCCGGAAGCAUCACGGCGCUAGGGGGUUUAGGGGUAAGAGGGGCCCAGGGGGUCCCAUGGACAGUCCAGUAGCUGCGCACGGCUACGGACGGAACUGAUAUGGCUACCCACAUGACGCGGUAAGGCAUGUGCCGGCCUGGCCCCGGUGCCUGGUGGUCUGGUGCCGCUGUUGUUGAUGUUUUCGGUGUUUUCACGUCCUGGUGGUGACAUAUACCGCAAGCAGCUCCUAUCUCUCUUAUCUCCUCUUCCGUUGCCCAGGUGCGUGGUGCCGGGGGUUGGCCCUGUGGGGCAGUGAUGGCCCGGCCCUAUGAGGUGGCACGGGUUUUGGUACCCGGAGCGCGGAUUGAUAACAGGCAGGUGUUCGUCUUUGCGCGUGUUGGUGUAUGUGGGGGUAAAGGGUUUGUGGGGAGGGAAUUGGCGGGAGCACGUGUCCCACCUGUGCUGCCAUCGUACAUCGCGGUAUGCAGGGAUUAUACGGGAAAUGGCACGACACGACACGACUGAGCCCACUUCUAGCGGCGGCAACGGCGUAUGGGUUAGCAAGCUGUCUUUCCUGGAUGUUGUUGAUGGUACGAGAUUCAGGGUGUAGCUGAUUUUCGUAAGCUGGUGUCACCAAGAGCUGUGGAUGGUAAUUCUUAUAUCCCCAAAACUUUGGGGGUUUGGGGAUGACUGGGGAUAAUUGUCGGAUGGGGAGGGGGAUAAGCGGAAAAUGCGGAAUGGGAUGAUUUCAGCUUUUUUCGUGGGGGAUUUCCAAGGUGGCAUGUUGUGGUGUGGACUUCGGUCUUCAUGUUGGGGCUGUAAGAGGGUUUUCAUGGGUAGGUUUCCCCACAUGUCCAGUUUCGACGACGCAGUGGAGGGGAGUCACCGGUUGAGAGCUUAUCCAGCGCGCGUGUGUGUAUGUACGGCAGUACGUGCACGAGAUGGGGCAGCACCGGGUCGGCUGGAAUGGCGAUUGUGGAGAAAGAGGGCACGAAUGGUGGCAGAAAUAGAAUUGUAACAUUUUAUCAUGCU